AAACAGCAACAAACAGCAAAGCAAAGAGAAGGGGCAAACACAACAGCAGCACGCACCAUCAUCAUCAUCACCGUCGUGUGCGUGCUUUUCGUGCAGGCAGCUGGCGUGGCUGAGAGACCCUGACAAGCACGACCCAGAAAGCACCAUCACAUCAUCCAACACACACACACACGCACGCACCCACAGACACAAAAAAACACACAGAGCGCUGUGCUCUUGUUUAUUCUCCACAGCAACGGCACGCCUACCAUUCCCAACCCCCACCAGCACAAGAAGGGUUCUUCGUCCAGCUGCCUUACACAUCACAAUAAGAGUCUGUUUUGGACUGUCUUGCAUCCACGCGGCUGUCUCUUCUCCAACUGCUCGUGGGAAAGCCGAGCUACCACACCCGCAGCAAACACACGGUCAAGAUGGAGGAUGUGCUGCUCGCCUCCAUGGACCAUGAUGUUCAACGGCCAGCGUCAUCUCAAUCCCCCACCCCCACCACCGCCGCCUCCUCCUCCCAGCAAGCUGCACGGGACGGCCUCGACUCCAUGCGCAGGAUGGUCGACAGCGAGAUGUUCACCAUGCACAUGUCCAUGCACUACCUGCACACCUCCAAAUCCGCCGCCAUCAUUGACAUGAUCUGCCAGCGGAUGUGCCGGUUUCCUCCCGAUCAAGUCGAGUUCUAUCUCCCGCAGAUCAUUUGCAUGUGCUUGCUUGACGAGCAGCGGUAUGCGUCGCUUCGCCAGUUUGUGCUGGACACCAGCGCCAGAGACCUCCACUUUGCCCUGCUGGCGACGUGGCUGCUGCAAGCUGAACUGGAGGGACUUGAGGACCACACACGACACAAGUCCAUCCACGUGCUUCUUCAGGACAUCAACAGCUCUGCCUCCCUGGAGGUCGAGCCCCUCACGAACCAUUUCGGGGAAGAGCCUGAGACAUCGUCGCACGAAGCGAGCCGCACGUACCAGACGCUCGCCGACGCCCUCUCUCGCGAGCGCACAUUUGUACAGAAGCUGCUCUCCAUCAGCGAACGCCUUCGCCGCCUGCCGUCCCGCGAUGCCCGGCGCACACAGCUGUACGGCGAGCUGGCACGCGUCAACCUGGACCUGCCUGCACGCGCAUAUCUGCCGCUGUCGAUUGGAGGCAGCAACGACCUUGGCUCGGCAACGGGCCGGGAGAAGGACGGCACAACACACGGCCACAGCACGGCGCGCCCUCGUGGCGCUGACGCUGACGGCGACGGUGAUGGGAGACGGAGUGACGACGAGGUCAGCGUGAUGAGCACGAGCAGCAGCAACAGCCAAGCGGCGUGGCGGUCACACCAUGUUGUUCGCAUCCCACCGGAGGAGGCCGUUGUGCUCAACUCCAAGGACCGUGCACCGUACAUGCUGCAGGUGGAGGUGGUUGACUGUGACGACUUCUACCACACCAGACUGCCUGCCAAGCAGCGCUACCGCCGCCGCCAGGGCCACCUGCGCUCGCAAUCGGACGGCGCGAGCUUCGUGCGCCCGCAGGACACACUUGUGCGCACGCGAUCAGCAACAGACCUCGCUGUUGGCGACACCGCCGCCGACGGCACGGGUGCUGCGGAUGCUGUUGGUGGUGGUGGCGAGCGGAGCGCGUUUGCCGCCGUUGAAGAUGACGGUGUUGCGAGCGACAAGGACAGCGGUGUGAUUGUGAGACACCAUCACCACCAUUAUCACGUCCACCAUCUUCAUCAGCACCAGCACCAACAUCGCCACCGCCGCCACGACAGCGGCGCUGAUGAGAGCAUGAGCGAGCAUGGGCGACAGCACGAGCAGCAGCAGUUGCAGCAUGGCCACAACUGCCGGUGUCGGGACGCUGGAUGUGACAGCCAGCAGCAGAAAGGCGGGAAUGUGCUGGUGUCGUGUUGUGAACAGAAGAGAACGGUGUUUGCGUCGAGCCCCGUCAAUGACUUGGCGGCGCAACAGCAACGCCAUCAACAACACGACCAGCACCAAGAGCAAGAACAAGACCACCACACACAACAGCAGGAAGACCAGCAUCACCACCAACACCAACACCAACACCAGGAGCAGGAGUCACUGUCGAGCCAAGUGGAGACGGCGGAGCACGGAGCCCACGGCGGUCGGGUGACAACGUUCCCUGCACUGCUCGAGGCGAGCCCCUGCUGCUCUGUGCUGUCAACACCGACACCCGCCUCAACGCCUGCUUCGAUGGCGGUGUCGCAGCAGCAGGAGGAGGAAAGCAGCAGCGGUGAGGGUGGCAACAGUGGUGAGGGAAGCGUGCCUUUGCAGGCCAUGAACAUCAGACAGCGCCUGCAUGACGCAGCAUCAACUCCAGAGUCACAGUUUCAGCGUGGACACAAGGACCCAUCUGCCAUCAAAGCGAAAGAGAACUGGGCCGACAAGGUCCAGCGCAUCCGACGCCUGUCACCGUUUGGACACCACCCGAAGUGGCGUUUGAUUCCGGUCAUCAUCAAGAGCGGCGACGACCUUCGACAGGAACUUCUCGCCACACAGCUCCUCGCACU